AUGAAUCAGCUUCACAAUCGCCCAUUUCUGAAUUUUGAAAUUAGUUUCAAUUUCUGCACCAGUCUCCUCUUGUGUCUCUCACUAUUGUCUGCUCAAGCUGUUGCAGGUGGUAGCGGUGGUCACUCCUGGGAUGGGAUCGUGGUGACUCAAGCAAACUUUCAGGCACUGCAAGCAAUCAAACACGAACUGAUUGACUUCACCGGAGUUCUCAGAAGCUGGAACAACUCUGGCUCCUCUGGUGUCUGCUCUGGUGGAUGGGCUGGAAUCAGAUGCCUCCGAGGCCAAGUGAUCGCUAUUAACCUCCCUUAUAAGGGACUCGGCGGCACUAUCUCCGAGAAGAUAGGACAGCUUCAGAAUCUCAGAAAACUUAGCCUCCACAACAACGUCAUUGCCGGUUCAGUUCCUCACUCCCUCGGCUACCUCCGGAGCCUCCGUGGAGUCUAUCUCUUCAACAAUCGCCUCUCUGGUUCGAUCCCAGCCUCACUCGGAAACUGCCCUCUUCUCCAGAAUCUUGAUCUCAGCAGCAACCAGCUAUCUGGAACCAUCCCACCUCGCCUUGCCGAGUCUACCAGGCUCUAUAGGCUCAAUCUCAGCUUCAAUUCACUUUCCGGUCCAAUUCCAGUUACUGUUGCAAGAUCAUACACCCUCACUUUUCUUGACCUUCAGCAAAACAACCUCUCUGGCUCGAUACCUGAAUUUUUGGCUAAUGGCUCUCACCCUCUCAGAACGCUGAAUCUUGACCACAAUCUCUUCUCUGGAGCUGUUCCUUUGUCACUCUGCAAGCAGAGUUUGCUGGAAGAUGUUUCUUUAAGCCAUAACCAGCUCUCUGGUUCUAUUCCCAAGGAAUGUGGAGCUCUUCUUCACCUCCAAAGCCUUGAUUUGUCUCACAAUUCAAUCAACGGAACCAUACCAGAGAGCUUCUCCGACCUCACAUCUCUGGUUUCACUAAACCUCGAAAGCAACCACCUCAAGGGCCAAAUCCCAGAUGCCAUUGAUGGACUCCACAACCUGACAGUGCUUAACCUCAAGAGAAACAAGAUCAACGGGCCGAUCCCAGAGAGCAUUGGGAACAUAUCCGGAAUCCGUCAGCUUGAUCUGUCUGAAAACAACUUCACAGGUCUUAUCCCGUCUUCACUAGUCAACCUGGCGAAUCUUUCUUCUUUCAACGUCUCCUUCAACACCCUCUCUGGUCCUGUUCCGCCAUUUCUCUCCAGAAAAUUCAACUCAAGUUCUUUCUUGGGAAACAUCAAGCUCUGUGGCUACAGCUCCUCGAAUCCGUGUCCUCCUCCUCCUAAUCAUCAUCAUCCCCUCACCAUUUCACCUACCUCAUCACAAGAACCAAGAAAACACCACAGAAGACUCUCGGUGAAGGAUAUAAUCCUAAUCGCCAUUGGAGCUCUCCUAGCCAUUCUCCUUCUGCUAUGCUGCAUACUACUCUGCUGCCUGAUCAAGAAACGCGCCGCCUUGAAACAAAAAGACGGCAAGGACAAGAUCUCUGAGAAGACGGUAUCAGCAGCUGCCGCAGCAGCAGCAUCAGCAGGAGGUGAGAUGGGAGGAAAGCUGGUCCAUUUCGAUGGUCCGUUUGUGUUCACCGCCGAUGAUCUGCUCUGUGCCACGGCUGAGAUCAUGGGGAAAAGUACUUACGGCACAGCGUACAAGGCUACUCUGGAGGACGGCAAUGAGGUCGCUGUGAAGCGGCUUAGAGAGAAAACAACCAAAGGGGUCAAAGAAUUCGAAGCAGAGGUCACUGCUUUAGGCAAGAUUCGUCACCAAAACCUUCUUGCGCUAAGAGCUUACUACUUGGGACCCAAAGGAGAGAAGCUUCUCGUCUUUGAUUACAUGUCUAAGGGUAGUCUCGCUGCGUUUCUCCAUGCUCGAGGACCAGAAACGCUAAUUCCAUGGGAAACGAGGAUGAAGAUAGCGAAAGGAAUCGCUCGAGGUUUGGCUUACCUUCACAGCAACGAGAACAUGGUCCAUGAGAAUCUCACGGCGAGCAAUAUUCUCCUCGACGAACAGACCAACGCCCACAUCGCCGAUUACGGACUCUCCAGGCUCAUGACAGCCGCCGCGGCCACAAACGUGAUCGCAACCGCCGGAACUCUGGGAUACCGAGCGCCGGAGUUCUCGAAGAUGAAGAACGCAAGCACGAAGACCGACGUCUACAGCUUAGGGAUCAUCAUACUGGAGCUCUUGACGGGGAAAUCUCCAGGAGAGCCGACGAACGGAGUGGAUUUGCCUCAGUGGGUGGCGUCGAUUGUGAAGGAAGAGUGGACCAAUGAAGUGUUUGAUUUGGAGCUGAUGAGAGAGACGCAAACCGUCGGAGACGAGCUUUUGAAUACUCUGAAAUUGGCGUUGCAUUGUGUUGAUCCGUCGCCGGCGGCGAGGCCAGAAGCAAAUCAGGUGGUGAAUCAGCUGGAUGAGAUCAGGCCGGAGCUUGAGGCCGAGAUGGAGACGGCGCCGAUAGGUUCCGGCGGUGAUGAAGCUAAAGAUCCUAAAUCAAAUGAGGAGGAUUGA